CCCGGAAGCUCGGAUUGUUGUUUUUUUUUUUCGCGAGCAGUUAGCUAGCUGGAUAAUGAACUGUCAACGCUGACACUUGACAGUCUGACAGGCUUGUUUUUAAUUUGUAGAAACCAUCUGUUAAAUCCGAGGCGAACACAGACAACGUUGUGUCAAAAGAUAUGGGAUGAAGUAGGUUAUUUCGCUGAAGCAAUGUGUUCUAAGCAGAGUUUGUUGACAUGGAGAUGUAGAACAGGCUGAUAGCAGCUAACUCACUCGCCGUUAACGCUUAUCAAGUCCCUCACGUCUUUUAAACAAACAGGAAACACGGGACGAUGGACGAUCUGAACACAAACCACUUAAACUAAAGUCUGCUAAGUUGUUUACCGUGUUUUGUUUAGCUAUCUUGUUAGAUUUAUUUUGGGUUUAUUUACUAGCUCUCCAGUGAGCAGACGCUAACAGCACUAACGUAGCUAGUUCUCAACGGUUGUUAUUACUUUGUCAUUUGUUGAGGUUAAAUAUUAUUAAACAGUGUUAUACAAGUCGUUAUAAUGCAUGACGCAUAUGAGCCCGUUCCUAUUUUGGAGAAACUGCCCCUCCAGAUCGACUGCCUGGCAGCUUGGGAGGAUUGGCUCCUGGUGGGGACUAAACCAGGUCAUCUCCUCCUCUACAGAAUUAAGAAGGAUGCAGGCACUAACAGAUUUGAGGUAACACUAGAGAAAUCCAACAAGAACUUCUCCAAGAAGAUCCAGCAGCUCUAUGUUGUAUCCCAGUACAAGAUUUUGGUCAGUCUCCUGGAGAAUAAUAUCCAUGUCCAUGACUUGCUCACGUUUCAGCAGAUCACUGUGGUGUCAAAGGCCAAGGGUGCAACACUCUUUGCCUGUGACCUGCAGCAGCCCAGUUCGGGUGAAGCUAAGUUGCGGUUGUGCGUUGCAGUCAAGAAAAAGCUUCAGCUGUAUUACUGGAAGGACAGGGAGUUCCAUGAAUUACAGGGAGAUUUUGCAGUUCCUGAUAUUCCGAAGUCCAUGGCUUGGUGUGAAAAUUCCAUAUGUGUGGGUUUCAAGCGAGACUACUAUUUGAUCCGGAUGGACGGACGUGGUUCAAUUAAAGAGCUGUUCCCAACAGGGAAGCAACUGGAGCCACUGGUUGCCCCACUGGCUGAUGGGAAAGUAGCUGUGGGUCAGGAUGACCUCACUGUUGUCUUGAAUGAGGAAGGAACCUGCACACAGAAAUGUGCCCUCAACUGGACUGACAUCCCAGUGGCAAUGGAGCACCAGCCUCCUUACAUUAUAGCUGUGCUGCCACGCUAUGUGGAGAUUCGCACCUUUGAACCAAGGUUGUUGGUACAGAGUGUGGAGUUGCAGAGGCCACGCUUCAUCACCUCGGCAGGGCCCAAUACUGUGUAUGUUGCCAGCAACCAUUUUGUCUGGCGACUUGUGCCAGUGUCCAUAGCAAGCCAGAUUCGGCAGCUUCUACAGGACAAACAGUUUGAGCUGGCUCUUCAGCUAGCGAAGAUGAAGGAUGAUGCAGACGGUGAUAAGAAACAACAGAUUCACCAUAUUCAGAAUUUGUAUGCCUUUAAUCUCUUCUGUCAGAAGCGUUUUGAUGACUCUAUGCAGGUGUUUGCCAAGCUGGGGACAGAUCCAACUCAUGUGAUUGGGCUAUACCCAGACCUCCUACCCUCUGACUAUCGUAAACAGCUGCAUUACCCCAAUCCUUUGCCCACACUCUCUGGAGUAGAACUGGAGAGGGCUCACUUGGCUCUCAUUGACUACCUAACGCAGAAACGCAGUCAUUUGGUGAAGCAGCUGAAUGACUCUGACCCUUCCACCACAUCCCCGCUCAUGGAGGGCACUCCUACAAUCAAAAGCCGCAAGAAGCUUCUUCAGAUCAUAGACACCACCCUGCUCAAAUGCUACCUCCAUACCAAUGUGGCCUUGGUGUCACCCCUUCUGCGUCUAGAAAACAAUCACUGUCAUGUAGAGGAGAGUGAGUAUGUGUUGAAGAAGGCCCACAAGUACAGUGAGCUCAUCAUCCUUUAUGAGAAGAAGGGCUUACAUCAGAAAGCCCUGCAGGUUCUGCUGGAUCAGUCUACUAAAGCCAACUCUCCUCUUAAGGGUCAUGAGAGGACUGUGCAGUAUCUCCAGAGACUGGGCACAGAGAAUCUGGGUAUUAUCUUUGAGUUUUCUCCAUGGGUGCUGAAGAUUUGUCCAGAGGAUGGGCUUAAGAUUUUUACAGAAGACCUUACGGAGGUAGAAAUGCUUCCCAGAGACAAGGUGCUAGACUUCCUGAAGGAGGGUUUUAAGGAACUAGCUGUGCCAUAUCUGGAGCACAUUAUCUAUGUGUGGGAGGAAACAGGCUUCGAGUUCCACAACGUGCUGAUCCAGCUCUACCUGGAGAGAGUACAAGUGCUGAUGAAAGAGUAUCUCAACUCACUGCCUGAGGGAGUCCCAGCUGUGGCUGCAGGGAAGGAGGAAGGAGAACUUGGAGAGUUACGAAACAAGCUGUUGUCUUUCCUAGAUAUUUCAAGAUACUACGAGCCAGAGAUUCUCAUCAGUGACUUUCCAUUCGAUGGGCUGUUGGAGGAGCGAGCUCUGCUUCUGGGCCGCAUGGGAAAACACGAGCAGGCACUCUUCAUAUAUGUGCACAUACUGAAGGACACAUACAUGGCUGAAGAGUAUUGUCGCAGACAUUAUGACAAAUCAUCAGAUGGAAAUAAAGACGUGUAUCUGUCUCUCUUGCGCAUGUACCUGUCUCCUCCAGACGCACACUGUCUGGGUCCUAUUAAGAUGGAGCUGUCUGAGCCCCAGGCUAAUCUUCAGGCUGCCCUGCAGGUUCUUGAGCUGCACCACAGCAAGCUCAACACUACUAAGGCUAUAAACCUGCUUCCAGCAAACACUCAAAUCAAAGAGAUCCGUGUGUUUCUCGAGAGUGUGUUGGAGGAGAAAGCCCAGAGGAAACGAUUCGACCAGGUUCUCAAGAGUCUGCUGCAGGCGGAGUUCCUCCGGGUACAAGAAGAGCGAAUCUUUCAUCAGCAGGUAAAGUGUGUCAUUACUGAGGAGAAGACCUGCCGGGUGUGUAAGAAGAAGAUUGGAAACAGUGCCUUUGCCAGGUAUCCAAAUGGUGUGGUGGUCCACUAUUUUUGCUGUAAGGACCGUGGUGUGUGUCCCUCAGAGCAGUGAGAUGUCUCAGCUGGAUAUACUCCUUACACACCUCUAACUAUUCUUAAGAUUUUUACAUAAGGCGUUUUACUGCACAAAUGAAGGACAUGCCAGUCUGUGUCUUAAAAAUAAUUCAUAAGGAUUUUGGCACAGUGAAGCCACCUGUGGCCAUGAUGAAAAGUUACGGUACUUUGGACUAAUGACUUAUGUCCUGCACAUGGAUAUGGAUGUAGACAUUUUUACAGUGAAGUCAUGAUGGCUAUUGCACUUCAGCUUUGAAGACAACAAACACAUACUGUAGAAUUAUACUUUCUUGUGAGAAAUAACCAAAAUGUCUCUCAUCCAUUGCUAUUUUAUUUACUUCUGUUAUUUUGAAGCAUGUUUCUGUCCAGCUUUGUCAUAGGCCUUGUGUGUAAAAAUAAAGAAUACUAGUGUUAACCCUGUCUCUGUUCUAGCCCAUUUCCACCAGACUGUUUCGCUGGGUCACUUUACGUACACACUCUGUUUCACUGUAUCUGCUUCAUGAUGCUCUGAGUGCUGAAAGGAAUGCAGACACUGAUGAAUCUUUCUUUCACUGAUGGUAUCUCGCACACUGCCAUUUUUGUUCUGAUUAUAUGUUGUUUGUUCUGAACUUAAUAAGAGUGGAGAUGUAACUUUUUAUGCAAAGUGCAGCAGACCCUUUUCAAAUCUUUAUCUUAACAGGCUUAUUAAUGAUGCUAUUAGCCUUCUGAUUACAGCUGCAUGGCACUUUUUUCUGCUACUUCCUCUUUAAUUUAUUCUCACUAAUGCAAGAAAGCUACUGCACUACUGACUGAAGUGGAUCAUUACACAUUGAUGUUGCUAUAAAUGCUGAUAAUCUCACAUAUGGAGGAGUCCUAAAGGGGUGUCAGUACUUCUGCUUGUUAUAAUGUGUGCUUGAACGUGUUACAUUUCAUUUGUCACUAUCUCUCUUUCCUCUGUUGUUAUGAUCAACCAUGACCUUGACUGUUGCUACAGUAUAUGGAGGAAUAGACAGUUACUUUUGUUUCAAGGCUGUGCACCAUAGAAGGUGUGCUUGAGUUUAAAGAAUGAAUAAAUUGUAUUUUAAUUAUGAAUGAAGUGUUACAGCUAAUAAACCUGUAUCAUGUCGUGUGCAA